AUGCACCGCGCCUUGGAGAUACCGGGCCCUGCAUCUCUGCUGAUGUCUGUCCCUUCCCUGGGGGGUGGGGCACUGCCCCUGAGCCCGCUGAGCGAGGGAAAACUUCUGGAGGCCGGCCCCAGAGCGGCAGGCAGGGGCGGGAACUGCUGUAGCCGCUUUUCCGUCCUGCGCUCCUUCCCCCGGGAAAGACGGCUGGCUUCCGUCACCCCCGGGGGCUGCGGGAACGGGCGGGGCGGCGGUGGGGCGCUGGGGCGGCUGCUGCUACUGCUCGGCGCCGCGUGCCUGAUCCCGCCGGGCGCGCAGGUGAGGCGGUUGGCGCGCUGCCCCGCCACUUGCAGCUGCACCAAGGAGUCCAUCAUCUGCGUGGGCUCCUCCUGGGUGCCCAGGAUCGUGCCGGGCGACAUCAGCUCCCUGAGCCUGGUAAAUGGAACGUUUUUGGAAAUCAAGGACCGAAUGUUUUCCCAUCUGCCUUCCCUGCAGCUGCUAUUGCUGAAUUCUAACUCAUUUACUGUCAUCCGGGAUGAUGCUUUUGCUGGACUUUUCCAUCUUGAAUACCUGUUCAUUGAAGGGAACAAAAUAGACACCAUUUCAAGAAAUGCCUUUCGUGGCCUCCGUGACCUGACUCACCUUUCUUUGGCCAAUAACCACAUAAAAGCCCUCCCAAGGGAUGUCUUCAGUGAUUUAGACUCUCUGAUUGAACUCGAUUUAAGGGGCAAUAAAUUUGAAUGUGACUGCAAAGCCAAGUGGUUGUAUCUGUGGUUGAAGAUGACCAAUUCCACUGUCUCAGAUGUCCUCUGUAUCGGUCCACCGGAGUAUCAGGAGAAGAAGCUAAAUGACGUGCCCAGCUUCGACUACGAAUGUACCACUACAGAUUUUGUUGUUCAUCAGACUUUGCCCUACCAGUCGGUUUCGGUGGAUACGUUCAACUCCAAGAAUGACGUGUACGUGGCCAUUGCUCAGCCCAGCAUGGAAAACUGCAUGGUGCUGGAGUGGGACCACAUCGAAAUGAAUUUCCGGAGCUAUGACAACAUUACAGGUCAGUCCAUCGUGGGCUGUAAGGCCAUCCUCAUCGACGACCAGGUGUUCGUGGUGGUGGCCCAGCUCUUCGGCGGCUCUCACAUCUACAGAUACGAUGAGAGCUGGACCAAGUUUGUCAAAUUCCAAGACAUCGAAGUCUCUCGCAUUUCCAAGCCCAACGACAUCGAGCUGUUUCAGAUCGAGGACGAGACCUUCUUCAUCAUUGCGGACAGCUCCAAAGCCGGUCUGUCCACAGUGUACAAAUGGAAUAGCAAAGGGUUCUACUCCUACCAGUCUCUGCACGAGUGGUUCAGGGACACGGAUGCGGAGUUCGUCGAUAUAGACGGGAAGUCGCAUCUGAUUCUGUCCAGCCGCUCCCAGGUCCCCAUCAUCCUCCAGUGGAAUAAAAGCUCUAAGAAGUUUGUCCCCCACAGUGACAUCCCCAACAUGGAGGACGUGCUGGCCGUGAAGAGUUUUAGGAUGCAGAGUGCCCUCUACCUUUCCCUCACCCGCUUCAUCGGGGAUUCCAGGGUCAUGAGGUGGAAUAGUAAGCAGUUUGUGGAGAUCCAGGCUCUCCCUUCCCGGGGGGCCAUGACCCUGCAGCCCUUUUCCUUUAAAGAUAAUCACUACCUGGCCCUGGGGAGUGACUAUACAUUCUCCCAGAUCUACCAGUGGGAUAAAGAAAAGCAGCUAUUCAAAAAGUUCAAGGAGAUCUAUGUGCAAGCACCUCGUUCCUUCACAGCUGUCUCCACUGACAGGAGAGAUUUCUUUUUUGCAUCCAGUUUCAAAGGGAAAACAAAGAUUUUUGAACAUAUAGUCGUUGACUUAAGUUUGUGAAGGUGUGAUUGGUGAAUUUAAAGACACGUAGCCCUAGCUUUCACCAGAGAGGACCGAGAAGCAAAUACAAAGCCAAGUUCAGAGCUCGCAAUUAAAAACGCCCUGGGGAACUAGUUAGAAGUUUUCAACAUUUUAGAACUCACAUUUCAAUCAGGGAUUGCAUUUAUUGGCUAGCUGCAUGACAUGUCCAUUCUCCCAUUUAAAAAGACAUCGUAGAGCCUGUUAUCUCUGAGAAAAGAGUACAGCAUUAACUCUCACCACCUGGGAAAGUAAUGUGCUUUUUUUCUUCUUCUUUUUUUUAUGAGGAAGGAAGAAAUUGGAUAAGAUGGGACAGCUCUUACAAUGAAAAAAAAAAAAAAAACCCCAACAAAAAAAGACCAAACAAACUAUGGGCCCUUCUCAUUUCAUUUUAGCAAUCUUUUCCGGUAAGAACUCUUCAAGCCAAAGUCAGCUGAAAAGAUUUGCUGAUGAAUCGUUUAAAAAUCUGAUAACACUCAGCAAUGCUAUUUUGAGUCAUUUCAGUUUCCUGAAGCCCCCUUCAUAGCAGAACGUUGGCUAGUUCAUUGGCUCGUGUGGAUGCUUGUCAUGAGAACGUUAACAAAAUAACGUUGGACAUCGCUUCCUUUGCCAGAGAGAAUACUCUGCGGAUACGCGUCCAGGCCCUGCACGGGCCUUUGGCCCAUGAGUGAGACAAAGGCUUUCUCCCCUCUUCCUUGUGGUUCAGAGCCGACCCCGUGGCAGUCAGAGCAACAUUGCUUGUGAGACGCCCUCCAUGACUCGGCUGCUCCCCUGAACCUGUUCUUUGAGUGUGUGGGUAACCAGCAGACAGGCCAAAGACUGAACGGUGCUUUUCAUCCCAUCCUUUAAAGCAAUAGAACAGGUCUUUCCAUCUGAUGAGCAUUUGGUAGAAUUUUUGAAGCAGAAUUUUGUGGGAUCAAAGGGGACUUGACACAAGCCCCGCUGUACUUUGAAACCUAGAGGUGGCCCUUUGAUUUGUGCAUGUCUGUGCCCUCUGGGCAGCUUCCUAUUUCAAGUCAUUGAAUACCAACCUACCUUCCUGCCCACCUGCCUUCCUCCGUACUCCUGCGUCGGUCCUGCUUGGCCGAUGUGCUCUCGCUGCUGCCGCCAGGGCAGCCCUUCUGGAGGGGCUGAAGCACCAGAUGGCAGAAGCCGGGGUGCUCCUGACACCAGUGCCCCCUUCCUUUCCCAGUAGUUUAGCAAAGGAAAGUCCCCUGGGACUCACGGCCUGACUCGGGACCAUGUAUGGGCAGGGGGCUCAUCCUGAAUAGGCUGGGGGGCCUCAGGCCGAUCAUCGGGGACCAGCUUUAGCAUUAGACCCGCUGCAUCCCACAGACCAGGUCUGUGCUCAGGGGGCCGGAGGGUCUGUUUCAGACUGGGCUUGUCUGGUGUGGGUUAUGGGAAAGCCCGCAGGGUCUGGUUUUGCGGAAGCAUCCCAGGGGAUGUUCUCUGGCUGAUUGGCUGGUUCUCUCCCGAGGCUAUGAAGUAGAUUUUAGGAGUGCUCGGAAAGAGCCACCCACCAGCGUCUCUUGUAGCCCCCAAACCAACACAAUCAGUUGUACUGGAGUGUUAUUUUUUCAUGAUCGUUUGUCAAGUCGUGAGGAGGUAGCCGUGUGGCACAAAUUUGAGUGCAGUGUCGUUUCUGGUUCAAGCGAAGCAGAUCAAGGCAAUAAAUAGCAUCGAUGUUGCAACGGCACUCCUGGGUACGUCCUGGGACUGCAGGCCGAGGGCUUCCAGCCUAGGACACUGGGGAUUUUAAUGAACUCGGUCCCCACACAGAAUAGCGUCUCUGCUUGAAACUUUCCUACGAGGCACCAACCAAACAGGAGGAAAGUGGUUUGUUUUCACUUCUGAAGCACAAAAUCACCCUUCCACGUUCCUUUGCCUUCCUGGUUGAUUUGAAUUGACUGCAAAUGCCCAGAUCCGCACAUCAGCAGCGGAAAGUGGGGCAGCGCUGCUAUUCUGCUGGCUGUUAAGAUGGGCAAGCAGUUCUUUCUGGCACACGGAACCCCUCAGACAAGCCUGGGCCGAAAAACAGGCCCUUGGCAAACAAGGUAGGGGACGUUUCGACAGUCCUAGCACUUGUGCCAGCUCGAAAUGAUGUUCCCGCACCCAGCUGCUUGUCGAGAAGGCAACCGGGGCAUCUUUUCAUGGGGCUGCCUCUAGGGAACCAGACACCAGCCCCCCAGCUUCCCCUCUGAGGGGGCAGUGGCUGUAGAAACGGUCUGUACCCACUGUGCUGGUGGGCAUCGCCUAGAAUCCAGAAAGCCGGGGGUGCGGUGCUGGGAACAGGGGUGCUUGCCGAGUCCAGGGGAGACAUUGGCUGCUGGAAGAAAGAUCUAUCGAAUUGGGGGCGAGGCACGGGCAAGAGGGCAAGUAGUCCACGUGGCUGCAGUCAGGUUCUCUUUUUCUUCUUAAGAAACUAGACACGAUCAGAGUCUGCAGCCUACAAGAGUCUCCAUGCUCAGGGAGGGAGUAUUUGUUCUGGCUGACUUGCUCAAGGAGCCUAGAUGUUCUUGGCACGAGGUGGUGGAAGAUUUGCUUCAUUAAUCUCACUGCUCCAUCCCAAGAAUCCCUGCAGGUUUAAACAAUUUCUGCAAGAAGAUUUUCCCAGUAAUAUUGUAAGACAAAAAAAGAACCCAAAAAACCCUGACAACAGCAACAGAAACCCAAAGCCGAGAGACUCGCGGGACCAUCCCCUGUGGAGAGAGUUCUGGGAAGGGCUGAUCUUGUCCAUUCCUUCCUAUCACCCAUCGGUUGCCUUCUCGUCAGCUUGUUUCUUCUUUACAAUCUCUGUGGCUAGGCUGAGCCCCUCCACGUAGCCGAGUGACCACGCCACACAGCCUUAAAGCGUGGGAUCAGGAACAGAUCUCUCACGAAGACUGAAAACAAGCCUUAGGUGGGAAAAGCACAGUGUCCUCGGGCAGUGGGUACUAAGAUCCCCAGCAUUGCAGUAAUGCUUUAGGUUUUUUCAGUGUCCAUUGUGUCCAUCGCCUUUGUUCAUAGUUCUUCAGUUUAUUGGUGGGUGGGUAUUCUAAUUUCAGAGAGAAGGAAAUCGGGGUGAAAAUCGAAGUCAGUUGCCUGCUCCAGAUUAUCCUGUAGUGAGUGGCAAAGGCAGAGCCUUCCCCCUGCUCAGUGGGCUUUGCAUUUGCUUUGUGACACCCUGACACGCCUUCCAAAUAAAGACUUUAUCAUCACGAUUCAGAACAUAGCAACACCUUGAGAUAAAAUAAAAAAUGCAACAAAAUAUGCAUCGCCGGAGGGAAAAUCGUGCUGAACAGACACCAUCUCAUCCACUGGUCCCUUUAACAAUUAAACACUGGGGGACUGCUAUUACAUACAAGGCCCCACUCUUGAAAGUCUUCCAGAAGUUUCAGAUAAUUUUCUGUUCUAAAGAGGAUUUCUGUCUGGCAUGGUUGCUUCUCCACACACUCCCCGCAAUAGCGAUGGGGCGAUGGUGAGGUCGACACACAUCUGGUUCUUGUCACAACGUCCCAAGAUAAACAAGAACAGUUCUAGAGGGAACAACUAAAAACUCGAAUGCAUGAGUGAUGAUGAAUUGCUCCAGGUCAUAAUCAGCCCUUGGGGAGCACGCUGGAAAUGCCGGUGUUGCAUUUUUCCUCCCCAUGGAGUGAAAGGCUGUGUAUUUUUAGGGAAAAAAAAUCAGCGUGGGAUGCUGGAGGUUUGGCUGCCAGAAAUACUUGGGAUGGAAAUUUUUCUGACCGGGGGUAUAAUGAAAGAGAGAUGAAGGUCUGCAGGAGGGGGCUCUAUUUGCAUGCCCCCUAAAGAAAAUCUCUUUAGUCGGCUUCCUGAUUCUUCCGCAGAAGUAUCAGCCCCUCCAUUAGCAGAUUUGGAAGAGGGUUCCUUAAUUAGGCAGUGGCCAAAGAUUCUGUGGAGCAGGGACUCUGGAGUGGAAUGCAGUAAUCUAGUCGUUGACACAGUGAGUAAGGUGGUCCAGACUUAAGACUGUCUAACGGGAAUGGGCAGAAAGCAGGGCAGAUGGAUGGGGAGGAAAAUCUUUUGGGAAAGUAGAAAUAAACUGGAAAAAAAAAAAAGGUCAUCAUGAUUUCCUUUGCCUCAGCCAGGCAAGUAGAGGGUGGAACAACUAGGCAAAUUAACAGCCAAUUAUUAACGAAGAGAGCCCAUUGUAAUGCUAAUUGAAAUAAGAAUUGUGUGGUAAAGCUGCUGAGAUCUAAACCAAGGGAGGCACUCUUAUCCUUACAUUAUUCCAUUACUUGUAUCAGAAUCUACCUUUCUUCUAGUAGGAAGCUAUGCAUUCCCUAUCAAUCCCUUUGACUAUCAGGAAUGUAUAAGAACUGUGAUAAAAUAAGCCAAUAUGCCAUUUGGUACCAUUUUUAUGUAUCUUAGAUGCAUAACUUAGGUAUAAUAAGAAUAGUUUAUAUGUAUAUGAAAGCAAAUUUUGCAGUAUGCAAGCUACAAUGGAUGCAUUUUAAGGCUGAAUAUAUAUUUAGCUCUUUUUUGGUAAAUACGGUUGACAAACAACAUGCCUCUUAAUUCGGUAUAUUCUGCAAGUCUAUGAAUAAAAAGUAGCUCGUGCCUAA